AUGCGGGCUCGGCCUGAUCUACCCCGCGAGUCGGGGCUACCUGGCGCUGGUCCCCGGCAGGACGCUGCCAUGCGUGUGGAACCUCGUGACCGCCUCGUUCGUGACGGCGAAUCCUUUCAAGGCGCGCCCAGCUCACGGCCGCCGCUGCGAGUCAAUCAGUGGCGGAGCAGGGGCCGCGUGCAUGCGCUCCCUGGAGGCCCUGGCUGCGCAGCCGCAGCAGCACCUUGCGCUAUUGGAGGUUCUGGCGCUGCUGCUACUGGCGCGCAUUAUAGAGCCUGUUUACGGCUCUACAGAGUUCCUGCGGCUGCUGCUGGUGGCAGCUGUGGCCAGCAGCACGGCCACCUUUGUGGGGGUUUACCUCGUUUACCUCACCAGCCCGGACAAGGACGGCAAAGCGCUCUACACCCAGUUUGGCGGGUUCCACGGCGUCGUGGGCGGCAUGCUGGUGGCCGUGAAGCAGAUCAUGGCGGGGCAGGACCUCAAAAUUGGGGGCGCGGCCAGGCUGCCGGCGCGGUACCUGCCGUCUGCAUACGUCCUCGCGGCGUCCGCGGCGGCGGGCGCCCUCAAGGCGUGGACGUCGCUGCCGUUCCUUCUGCUGGGAACGUACUCCUCCUGGGUGUAUCUGAGGUUCUUCCAGCGGCAGCCGGAGACCACCCUACGUGGGGACCCCUCCGACGACUUCCGUUUCAGCAGCUUCUUCCCGGACGCCGCGCAGGUGCGCGGGGGGCGGGCGGUUGUGGGCGGCGCCGGCGGCGGCGGCCGCUUGUGGCCGCCGAUCGACGCCGUCGCGCGCGUCUGCAGCGCCGUCACUUUCCUGCGGCACUCGCCGGAGGCUGUUGCGGCCAGCGGCGGCAGUGGCGGCGGCAGCGGCGGUGCGCUUCCACUAGAGGCCCGGCCCCUCAUCAGCGGCGACAGCCUGGAUGCGAACAGGCGGCGCGAGCGGGGGGCAAAGGCACUGGAGGAGCG